AUGCAUGAAGUCUCCUUCGAUCACAACAGAGGGCCCGUCAAGGGCAAGGAAAGCAGAAUAGACAGAGGAACAGCUCCCAAAGCUGUGGUUCUCCUCCAGCCUCCAUGGAACCCAGUAUUCAAAGGAGGGACAGUGACUCUCCUCUGCAAGGGACCCCACUCCCAACCUUUGGAAGACACAUCUUGGUAUCAUGAGGAGACAUCGAAAGGAAAAUCUGAAACGAUUCAAAUAAGAAAAUCCGGAAAUUACCAGUGCAAGACUGGAGGGUCCUCUCUCAGUGACCCGGCGCAUGUAAAUUUUUCUUCUGAUUGGCUGAUCCUCCAGGCUUCAUACCCUGUCUUUGAAGGAGAUGAUGUAGAACUGAGAUGCUUGGGGAAAGAAGACAACAAAAUUAUUGAAAGGACUUACUACAAGAAUGGAAAUGAACUUGCUAGGUUUAAGAGCAAACAGUUCAUCAGAUUUCUAAUCUCUAGGGACAGUAGUGUAUAUGGCUGCUCUGCUUCUGGGAAAAAUGUUUUGGGAUGGACAGAACAUUCAAAACCUCUAAGGAUCCAGGUUCAAGAGCUGUUUUCACCUCCUAAACUGACAGCCAGCCCCGUGGACCCCAUUGAAGGGAGCCCAGUGACUUUGAAAUGUGAGACCUGGCUCACCCCACAGAGGCCACACACCCAGCUUCAAUUCCGCUUCUUCAGAGAGGGCCGGGUUCUGGGAGCAGGAUGGAGCAGGUCCCCAGAACUCCAGACUAGCAUGGGGAGUGAAGAUUCAGGAUCUUAUUGGUGUGAAGCAGAGACAAUGAGGGAAACCUUCAGAAAACGGAGCCUCCAUUCUCAGGUUCAUGUGCAAAGAGUCCCUGUGUCUGAUGUACAUCUAGAGAUCCAGCCCCAUAGAGACCAGCUAAUCGAGGGAGAAGACCUGGUCCUUAUCUGCUCUGUCGCCAUGGGAACAGGCGUGAUCACGUUCUCCUGGCACAGAGAGGGCACAGGGAGUCUGGGAAGAAGAACCACACGUUCCUUAAGGGAACAGCUGCUGGUUUCCACUGUACACGAACGGGACAGCGGCCGAUACUACUGUUCAGCCGACAACAUUCAUGGCCCCAUCCUCAGCAACAAAGUUGUCGUCGCCGUCAAAGUUCCAGUGUCUCGCCCCAUCCUCACCCUCCGAACUCCCAGGGCCCAGGCCCUGGUUGGGGACGUGGUGGAGUUUCACUGUGAGGUACAGAGAGGCUCUCCCCCGAUCCGGUACUGGUUUUAUCAGGAGGAUGUCAUUGUGAGGAACAGCUCGGGCCUCUCUGGAGGAGCAUGCUUCAAUCUCUCUCUGACUACAGAACACUCUGGGAACUAUUCUUGUGCGGCCAACAACGCCCUGAAGGCCCAGCACAGUCACCGAGUGCCACUCAAUGUCAUAGUUCCAGUGUCUCGCCCUGUCCUCACCGUCAGGGCUCCCAGGGCCCAGGCAGCGGUAGGGGAUGUGGUGGAACUUCUCUGUGAGUCUCAGAAAGGCUCUCGUCCAAUCUUGUACCAGUUCUAUCACGAGGAGGUUGCCCUAGGGACAAGCUCUGCCACCUCUGCAAGAAGAGCUUCCUUCAACGUCUCUGUGACCGCAGAGCAUUCUGGGAACUACUCCUGUGAGGCCAGCAACGGCCUGGAGCCCCAGCGCAGUGAGCCGGUCCCACUCAGUGUCAUAGGGUCUUCCAGGAACAGAAUGGGCCGUGUCACUUCCGGAGCCAUCGGGGGGCUGUGCAGCAUCCUGGGCCUUGCAGCCUUGGUCGUUCUGUUAGUCUACCUUUGGACCCGAAGGCGAUCCAGAGGAGUUGCUGCCAGCGGAACGCCGAGUUAUAGACCCGAUGAGUCCCUGGAGCCUUCCUUCCUGGGGCCCUCUACCACAGACUCCCCGAAGCCCCCUUCUUCCAAUCGACAAGCCCUAGUGGAGCUGCAGCCAAUGUACAGCAAUGUAAGCCCUGAAGGCAGUGAUCUGCUGUACUCCCAGAUCUUGAGCAUCCAGCAGGCAACCGAAUACUCAGCAGCAAACUCAUCAAGAAUGCAUCAGAAAGAUACGGACCCUCCAGUCAUCUAUUCAGAGUUGAAGAAGGCACACCCAGAGGACACCCUGAGAGAGGCUUACAGCAGAGACAGGGACCACGCAGAUGCUACAGAAAACUACGAGAAUGUCCCAUGCCCAUCAUCAGUCUCAUUCAGCUAGCUCCCUGC